AGAGUUGGAGAGUUUAGAAGAGUUUAUAAGUGCGGAGCUGAGAAUAUGUGAAAAUAAGAGGAGAGAAGUGCAUGAGGAGUCUCGAGUCAAAUCUACAAUCUCUGCUUUCGAAUCCAGGCAUCGACUUCUUGGAAAUGUUACAAGAGUCUAAAAUGGUUGUGUUCACAGUGUUCAGGACUCUGCUGCUCCCCCUGCUGGUCGUUAGUACACCUAUUCCUCAGUCUCUGGUUCCGACAGACUGCUCUGAUGUCUACAAUAAUGGACAAACACUCAGUGGCGUGUACACAAUCUACCCCACAGCAGACACACCUGUACAGGUGUACUGUGACAUGGGAUGUUUUGGAAGCCAAACAGAGGACGGGAAGUGGACGGUGUUUCAGAAGAGAAUGGAUGGCUCUGUGAAUUUUUACAGACCAUGGGAACACUACAAGAAAGGGUUUGGGAACAAGAAUGGAGAAUACUGGCUUGGAUUAGAAAGUCUCUACCAACUCACACAUAAGAGGAAAUACGAGCUGAAGGUGGACCUGCAGGACUUUGACGGUGUGUCGGUUUAUGCUCGGUAUUCUUCUUUCUCUGUAGAAUCUGAGGCUGACGGCUACAAACUCCAUCUUAGUGGCUUCAUUAAUGGAGGUGCAGAGCGUCUUCUGUUCUCUGUAGGUGAUUCUAUGGCUACAAACAACGGACAGAAAUUUUCCACCUUUGAUAAAGACCAGGACUCGAAUGAAGCAGGGAACUGUGCUAAAUCCUACCUUGGAGGUUUUUGGUACAGUCAGUGUCACCAUACUAACCCUAACGGGAUAUACCUGUGGGGACGUGACGCCACUCAUUACGCCAUCGGAAAUGUGUGGCAGACUUGGAAAGGCUAUGAUUACGGUCUCAAAUACAUCACCAUGAAGAUCAGACCUGUAGCAUGAGUUCAUCAUUGUUCAUUUAAAUGUUUAGUAAUAAUAAUGUUUUAAAGGCUUAUAAUAAUAUCUACAGAAUAUUGCAGUAGAAUUUGGGCUAUAGUCAUUCCUGAUUUGUAAAUGAACAGAACAGAAGUUUCUAAGACCUACUGAAAGUGAAAUAAAAUACUGUAAAAGAUAUAAAAAUAAACAAUAUUUUGUUGCUCUGA